GAUCUCAUCUUCUUCAGCACAGUGCGUUGAUCUCUGGCUUCAUUCCUCCCUCCAUCUCUCUCUAGAUCCCUCUCCCACAAGCUUUUCUAAGGGAUCAUCAGCAAAAAAAGGACAAAUGGGGCUCACGUUCACCAAGCUCUUCAGCAGGCUUUUUGCCAAGAAGGAGAUGCGCAUUCUGAUGGUUGGUCUCGAUGCAGCUGGUAAGACAACUAUAUUGUACAAGCUCAAGCUGGGAGAGAUAGUGACUACCAUCCCCACUAUUGGUUUCAAUGUGGAGACUGUUGAGUACAAGAACAUUAGCUUCACUGUUUGGGAUGUUGGGGGCCAGGACAAGAUCCGCCCAUUGUGGAGGCACUAUUUCCAAAACACACAAGGUCUCAUUUUUGUUGUUGAUAGUAAUGACAGAGACCGUGUGGUGGAGGCAAGGGAUGAGUUGCAUAGGAUGUUGAAUGAAGAUGAGCUUCGUGAUGCUGUGCUGCUUGUGUUUGCUAACAAACAGGAUCUUCCAAACGCAAUGAAUGCUGCUGAGAUAACUGAUAAGCUUGGUCUCCACUCUCUCAGGCAGCGCCACUGGUACAUACAGAGCACCUGUGCAACCUCUGGAGAGGGGCUCUAUGAAGGGCUUGAUUGGCUCUCCAACAACAUCGCCAACAAGGCCUAAACCGUUAGAAGAGUUGAGUACUCUGUCGCUCUCUCUCGCUCUCUCUGUCUAUUGCUGGAUGCAGGUGGCGCUAUUAUCUGCUUUCUUUACCCAAGUCUUGUGUGGUUAUGAACAUCAUCAUCCCCUUUGAGGGUCAUUUUGAAGUAGUAUAAGACUAUAAGAGUUGGAUAUAUGCAAUGUCAUGUCUAGAUUUGAAUACAAUGGUGUAUUAAUUUGAAAAAGGAUUAUUGAUUUUGUUGUUUACAUUAACAUGGUUUUUAAGGGAUUCUGAUGUUUUGUUAUCAUCCACGGUGUGCUGAGAAUUACUUGUAUUUCUGGUCGUGGUUGCGCACCUUGUUUCUUGUACGUAUUAUUAUACUCCGUACAUAGUAGAAACAGUACCUGUGCGUGGGUUCAGUUAGGGAUGGACUCGGUUCGGGCCGGGCCCGGUUCGGGCCUUGAACCGACCGGGCCUCGGUUCAAGGUAUGGGAGGCCCGGAACCGGCCCGGGUAACCCCUGGGUCCGGGCCUGGCUGGGCCGGGCCUCGGGUAUAUUUUUUUUUUUGGACUUUUCCUAGUUAACCCCCACCCCUCCCCCUCACUCCAAACCAACCCUAACCACCUCAAAUGGUCCAAAAUACCCAGCUCAACCCAAAAACUCAAAAAAAAAUUCAAAAAAAAUUAAAAUUGGCCCGGCCCGGGCCCGAACUGGCCGGGCCGGUUCACCUUUUGAAGGGCCCGAGCCCGAACCGAGAAUCCACCGGGCCGGGUGGUCCGAACCGGCCAAUCAACCGGUUCACCGGGCUGGUCCGGGCCCGCACAGUGGUGGACCGGUCCGGUUCCGGGCCGGUUGGCCUGGCCCGAGUCCACCCCUAGUUCAGUGUAGUGCCGGGCUGCCAGGCAGUGACAAAAAAUUGUGGAGCAGAGAACGGUAGAUUUAGGGAGGAGUUGUGCACUUGUUGUGCAGUUUGUAUACCUUGCUUUGCUAAUGGCACAUGAGGUUUCCGUCGAUGAGAUUUGUGGUGGUGGGUCGCGCAGAUGUUCUGUGGUAGGCGACUAUGCUUAAGGGUUGGUUUUGAAAUCCGGUUACUCCUAGGAUUUAGAAGGUCAAAAUCCACGGCCCACGGGCCACGGGCUGUCAUAUUCAUUUUUGAGUCUAUGGACAAUAUAAUAUAUUGGGCUUAUACUCAAGAUAAAUUGUAAACUAUACAUAUUUAAAAGGGAAAAUGGAAACUAAUAAUUCAA